CCGACGUUCGCAGCCGCAGCGCGGAGCCACAAUGCGCCUCCCACCAGCCACUGCACGCUCCCUGAACGUCGGCCGCUGGUGAUGUCGUCUUGCCUGGACCGUGGCGUCAGCGAUGAGGUGGGUGGCGUACCCCUGUUGGCGGGUCAGGCAGCCAUCGACUACACGGUGCUGGCUCUGAUGGUGAUGGGAAACUCGUUCAUCGUGGCGUCCGUGUGCCGCUACCGGCGCCACUACCCGGUCCUCGGGACGGCCGCUUCGGCGCGCUUCGCCGCCAACCUCGCGUUGGCCGACACGUACGUCGGCGUCGCCACCGGCUACUUCCUCGUCUUCCGCUACUUCUGCUGGGCGCAGGACGUGCUCGGCUCCCGGAGGUUCAGCUGCGUGCUGCGCUUCUUCCUCGUGAGCAGCGCCCACAUGACCUCAGCGUACAGUUUGGGAGCCAUCGCCCUGGAUCGCUAUGUGGCUGUCGUGCAUGCCCUGCAAUACAGGAAGAUAAUGAACCUCAGGCGUUCUGCGACGCUGCUUAUUACCGUGUGGGUGUGCCCAUUGGCUACUUGUUCCCCACUUUUGUAUUGGAACAACUGGACGGAUGGUAUCAUCUGCGACGUGGAGGCUGUUGUUCCUGUAGAGUUUGUGACGGCUAUAGGCAUGUUGACGCAUGCCAGUAUCAUUAUAACCGUCACCGUUAUUCAUUACCGUGUUCACAGGGAGGCAGUGGCUGUGAAAAAGAGGCGGCGCUGCGACGAAUCGCAGCAGGUGAUCUUCACAGUACGCUGCCCGGAUGGUAACCACCUUUCUGCACCGAGAGCCAUAAAUACCAAGUCUGCUCGAAUUGUUCUAUACGUGACGGGGGUGUACCUCUUCUCAUGGGCUCCUUAUACGGUCUUAUAUAUAAUUAAGUCAUGUGGCUAUUCUUCUCCAGAAAUUAAUGUCAUUUAUCGUCUCUGCUUCUCGUUUGCAAACAUAAAUUACCUUAUCAACCCAUUCUUGUAUUCGUGGAAUAAUUCUGCCGUCAGAAAAUCGAUCAUUAGUUCUCUUAAAUGUUUAGGUGUAGUGAAUAAACAGAAAAAUGACGUAGGUAGUAGAAGUUCUUCAUCACGAAUCAGCAGUGCCGUCCCAAGCGGUCCUUCAGCACACGGUAUAAGAUGAGUGAUUUCUAAUUUAGGCUAUAUAUCACCAUAGUCAGAAACAAAAAGUAUUUAUUAUUCCUGAGUUAACUAAAUGUGAUUUUUCACCGUGAAUUAUAUCUGAUGCGUGUAUGACACAAUGAAUAUCACACAACUGUGGUCGAAUAAGAAAACUGAAAGAGUGCCGAAAUCUAGUUUCCCGAAAAAACGGUGCUUUCUCGAAGAUCUUAAGUGUAUAUUGCGUAUAUUGCGAGAAGAGUUUGUCUUUAAAUUAAAUGUUUGUCAUAACUAUCGAAAAAUAAAUGUUAUGCAGCUUUUAAAACCUAAACCGAAGUUUCUUUUUUAGCAUGAGACAUUGCUGAUACAUUUAAUAUCAAGACGUAUUUCACCUAAUUGCUGUCAUAUAAUGAGUCUGCCGGCUUUGUCGAACUGUAUGUAAUCUGUGAACAUCUAAAGAUAGCAAAUAGCUUUUAUAGCGUUGAAUAUCUUGGGAACAGCGAAAGAUUAUUGACUGAAGAUGGUUAAAUCAUUUGCGUUUCAAUGUGUAUUUUCCAUUUAAUGAGCAGAAAACAGGAAUUCAACUCUCCCCAAUAGUAAUAGUUCUUGAAACAGUAUUUUAACAGUAUUAUGAUUUUGUUACAAUUUGAACACAGUAAUAAAGAAAUAUUUUUCUACUAAGUUUCUAAAGUACUCUUUC